GGCCCAAGCGCAUCAUUUGUGAGGGCCCGAAGAAGAAGCUGAUCUGGUUCUUCCUGACUCUGCUGUUCGCUUCACUGGUGUUCUGGCAGUGGGGCAUCCUCAUCAAAACCUAUCUGUCCUACAACGUUACAGCUUCUCUGGCCAUUGGCUUCAAGACCAUGACCUUCCCCGCUGUUACCAUCUGCAAUGCAAGUCCUUUCCGGUAUUCUAAGGUGAAGCCCUUCCUGAAAGAUUUGGAUGAGCUCAUUGAGGCAGCCCUUGAAAGGAUCCUGCAGCCUCUUCAGGAAAAUGCAUCAGCCACCCCUGCAGCAAAUCUAAGCGAGAAGCUCAACUUGCAGCUCUGGAACCAGAUGCCCCUGGUCUUGAUUGAUGAGAGUGACGCAGCUCAUCCAGUCAUCCAUGACAUCCUUGGGAACAGCUCUCUUGCUCUUGGAGGGCACCACAACUACUCCUCUUUUGGCAACCCGGAAGCCAGGAGGUACAAGCUGGCUCUGAAACUGUGCACACACCUCACCCCCCACUGCUUCUACCGGAAGUUCACCAGCGCAGCCCAGGCGAUGGCCGAGUGGUACGUCCUGCAGUCUACCAGCAUCCUGUCCAAAGUGCCAUUGAGCAAAAGGAUCGAGAUGGGCUAUCAGGCAGAGGACAUGAUCUUGGCCUGUCUGUAUGGAGCUGAGCCUUGCAACCACAGAAACUUUACCCACCUCUACCACCCGGAUCACGGCAACUGCUACGUCUUCAACUGGGGGGUGGAGAAGCAGCCCCUCGUCUCCUCCAAUCCGGGGGCAGAGUUUGGGCUGAAGCUGAUCCUGGAUAUCAGCCAGAAGGACUACAUCCCCUUCCUCACUACCACGGCUGGCGCCCGGCUGAUGCUGCACGAGCAGCGCAGCUUCCCUUUCCUGAAGGACCAGGGCAUCUACGCCAUGUCAGGGACCGAGACCUCCAUCGGCGUCCUGGUGGAUGAACUGGAGCGGAUGGGCUCUCCCUACAGUGACUGCACCGUCAACGGAUCCGACGUUCCCGUGAGGAACCUCUACGAGGACUACACUGCUUCCCAGGCCAAGGAGAUGGGGGCCUGUGCCAACUGCACCCACCCUGGCAGCAAGAUGGCCCCCUUCCAAAGCCAGUACAAAACUAUGUACUCCAUCCAGGCCUGCCUGCGCUCCUGCUUCCAAGCCAAGAUGAUGAAAAUCUGCCAGUGUGCCCACUAUUCCUACCCACUGCCCAAAGGAGCCCAUUACUGCAACAACGAGGAUUAUCCCAACUGGGCCUACUGCUACUCCAUCCUGCGCAUGAGCCAGGAGCAUCGGCAGAUGUGCAUCCAAUCUUGCAAGGAGACCUGCAACAACACCCAGUACAAGAUGACCAUCUCCAUGGCAGACUGGCCCUCCGAAGCCUCAGAGGACUGGAUUUUCCAUAUUUUAUCUUACGAAAGAGACACGUCAACCAAAGUCACUCUGGACAGGAAUGGAAUCAUCAAGCUCAGCAUCUACUUCCAGGAGUACAACUACCGCACCAUCUCAGAGUCUGCAGCAACAACGAUUGUCUGGCUCCUCUCCAGCCUGGGUGGGCAGUUCGGCUUCUGGAUGGGUGGCUCCGUCUUGUGCCUCAUCGAGUUCGGGGAGAUCCUGAUUGACUUCGUCUGGAUCAGCGUCCUGAAACUGAUCUCCUGGGGCAAGGGGCUGAAAUGGAAGCCGGCCCCCAGGCCCCCAGAUGCCCUCCCGUCCGUCUGCCAGAAAGUGGAGGCCUACACCAACCUGGGCUUCUGCGGGGAGGAGGAGAAGGAGGCAGCAGCGGCUGAGGACCCGGGAGAUGGGCCCCCAGAUGCUCCAGGGGCUGGCUCUGAGCCGGGCACUCCACCCCCCAAGUAUGAUUCGCUCCGUGUGCUCCCUUUGGAUCUGCUGGAGCCAGAGAGCGACGAGGAAGACGCUCCUGGAGUGGACACGAAGAGCAAGUGAGGCCAGGAAGGCAAGUUCCUCCCUGCUCCCCCAAGCACCUGCAGGGCAUCCUUCCCCUCCCUCUUGGGCAGCACAGCCAUCCUCUCAACACCACAGAAACUUGGGGUGCAGCUGGAUUGCCCUCAUCGGAUGCUCAAUGCAUUUCUUUCUGGGCAUAAAUCUGGCAGGUCAAGAGGUUGGUGUAAACACUCUGAAGGGGGGGGGGGGCUUGCAGCCAAUCAUGGGAAGUGCUUGAUAGUGGUGGUAGAUCUUAACAUGGACAGGGCGCCUGGGGAGGGGCGAGCAGCCGGGGCAAGGACUUCUGUAAGAACAGAGCCCUCCUUGGCCCUGCCUGAGCCGGCUGUGCUGCUGCUGCUGAUUCAGGGCAGAGGUGCCUGGCAGGCGGGCAGCUCCCCGGAGGGGCCAACGUCCCAUCAGGAUCUUCAUUGGAGCUAAUCAAAAGGCUGAUCUGUACCAAGAAGAAAAUAAGUUUAAGAUGAAAAAUAUGGAAAGGGAAUAAAUAAUACGGCUAAAACUGGAAACAGA